UUUCGAUUGUGUAGUGAAUCAUCGAGAGCAUGGACAUUUUGUUUCUAUUGUGAAAUUAAUUCAAUGAAAUUUUUCGGAGCCGGUCGUUUAAAACAUUUUUAUGUAUUUAAGUUCUUUGUAUUAGCUCGGUUUGGACAACCAAGGUACAUCGUUACAAAAUGGCACAAUUUUUCAAUAGAUUAGGACAACUUGGUGUAGGCCUGAUUGUGACUGGAAGCGUUGUUAACUCUGCCCUUUAUAAUGUGGAUGGAGGUCAUAGGGCUGUUAUCUUCGACAGAUUUGCGGGUAUAAAGAAUCAUGUUGUAGGAGAAGGAACACAUUUCUUUGUUCCUUGGGUACAGAAACCUAUCAUAUUUGAUAUUCGAUCUAGGCCAAGAAAUGUCCCUGUCAUUACCGGAAGCAAAGAUCUUCAAAAUGUUAACAUCACGCUUCGUAUCCUCUUUAGACCAGUACCAGAUUCGUUGCCAAAGAUCUAUACUAUUCUUGGCGUAGAUUACGAUGACAGAGUACUGCCGUCUAUCACUACCGAAGUAUUGAAAGCUGUAGUUGCUCAGUUCGAUGCAGGAGAAUUAAUCACCAACAGGGAAAUUGUAUCUCAGAAAGUUAGCGAAGAUUUAACGGAAAGGGCUUCACAGUUUGGAUUAAUUUUAGACGAUAUUUCUAUUACGCAUUUAACCUUUGGAAAAGAGUUCACACAGGCUGUAGAGUUGAAGCAGGUAGCACAGCAAGAAGCAGAAAAGGCACGUUUCUUAGUAGAGAAGGCAGAACAACAAAAGAAAGCAGCCGUCAUUACUGCUGAGGGUGAUGCACAAGCUGCCAGUUUAAUCGCUAAGUCUCUUGGUGAAGCUGGCGAUGGAUUAGUUGAACUUAGAAGAAUUGAAGCUGCCGAAGAUAUUGCUCUUAAUCUGUCUAAAUCCCGUCAAGUAGCUUAUUUGCCACCAGGUCAAAACGUCUUACUAAACCUACCACAAUAAAGAGAUAGAUUGGAACAGACAUUGUACACUUAAGUCGUGCAUUUAUAUCAUAACAAAUGCAUUUUUAUGCUACAAUGGUGUAUGAUAAGUAGAUGCUAUCGGAAGCUCCCUAAAAGUGUUGGUUAACAGGAAUAUAUAACGUUUCAUAGCAUUUAUAUUUCAGUUCUAGAUUUACAUCUUUUAUACAUGAAUACGUUCCUGUACUUUUUACCAUACUCAAACAAUUUUGAACAAUUUAUUCUAUACUUCCAGGUGUAUACUUUUACAGACCCCUUUCUUUGGUUAUAUAGUUGUUGCUCGAUAACCUGGAAGCGCAUCUGUAUAUUGCUAUCUACGAUUCAUUUUGAUUGCUUUGCAGAAUGAGGAGAGCAUUUUCCCUAUGUUAUCAAUAUACCGAUACACCGAUUUGUUAUCUGUUCUUCUUAAACUGGUGUUUAUUGAUUUACCAAUUUUUGGCUCUCUACCUCGUUGUAAAAAUCAUAUGAGCUAGCAAGCAAUAACAGCACCACUUGUUUCAGUGUCAAGUAAUAAAAGCUGCUUUUUUUUAUCAUAUUUCUAUAAUUUUGUUACAAUUUACGUUACAUCAUGUAUAAACAAUCGACAUACGGCUAAAUCUUUACACAUCUCAGGUAUUAUGUGCCGCAGAAUUAAGAAUUAUAAUACCACGUAUGCGGUCACGGAUUGUAAAAAAAGAUUUUGUAAUGCGAAGUCAGCAAUGCAACACUUAUAUUUUUAACAUGUCAACUCGCCCUGUAUUGUUACAUUAUAAACAGGGUGAUACAAAUAUGCUUCUAGCGUAGUAAUUAUGUAUACAAACACAGUAAUUCUGUGAAUAAUGUUAGUAACUAUUAUUGUAAAAGUCUCCCCAACUUAAAUGUUAUUUUUUAGAACGGAAAGCUGCACAUUUUAUUUGGUUUGCACCUUAUGUUGCUUGAAACUUUGAGUUUUCUUUUCGUUUGUACAAGCACAAUCAAGGAAAAGGACAUGGAGGUUUCAUCACGGCGAUCUAUUUGCAAGAGUUGUUUGCUAGGUCAGAAUGAUCAAUCAGCGGCUCAAAAUUGGUGAAGAAUUAUCUCAGUAGGGGGUACUGUGGUUCCGCGUUUGUCGGCGUUGUCAGUUAAUAGAGAAAACAAUUCAUCAUAAUUUGGUGAACACCGCGGGGUGUCUUUCGAAGGUGGUCCGCAACGAAAAUUGGAAAUACUUGUUGCUAAUCAGAGGUGGGCAAAAUACUUAUCUAGAUAGAAAUCUCAAAUAAUAAUAAAAGGUAAACAACGUUUUAUCUUUUAUCCGUUCGAUAACAAUUACAUGCUGUAUUAUAAAACGAGUUUAUUUUCAUGUUGAACAAAUAAAAGUUUAUUUAAAUAAUUGUUCAUAAAUGUACAAUGUUAUUAUUCGUUACUUAUUGUUCGAAUAAGAUUUUGCUCAGUUCUGUUGUUACCUCAAAUUAAACUUUAUACUUUCUUAGGUUCUUUAUAAUUACUACACUAUAUGCCAGAAUUUAAAGUUACACGUGGAAUUUAGGGAAAUCAUUGGGACAUCACAGCUAAUAGUGUUCUCUGAACUAUGGAAUUUUUAUUGCAUCCCUUUUGUCGCUGAGUUUUUUUUAUGAUUUCCGAAUUAUUUGCAUGUAUUAACGAUUUCACUGAUAAUGAGCGUUGACGAGUCUACGUUUAAUUGUCUUACUUAUUAGAGCUACUUUUGCUUGGUAGUACUUUUGAGAGGAAGAAACGUUAGUGCUGGGAUAGGGAAUUUGCGUUGUUACAUAUUUCGUUAAUCUCAUUCUAUUUGAAUAAUUCAACAGCUAAGUAUUUUAUAAAUAUUCAAAUAUUGCGAAUAAACGUUGAAUAUGAUUAUUGAAAUAUGAAA